GUUUUUCUUGGGGUUUGAGCCGUAAGGACCAAACUCUUUCCGCUUUUACCGAUCAUGACGUAUAUCGACGCGAGUCAACCUUCUUUGUAUAUUUCGCUUGCGAGUAUCCUAUUCAAUCCUAUCUUUUGGAAUAUAGCGGCGAGAUCAGAAUAUCGUAGCAAAAUCCUUACCAAACUUGCUGGCGGUAAUCCUCGACUUGGAUGCUACGGAUUAGCAAUCACCAUUUUCUCCCUCGGUAUUAUUCGUGAUUACUUGUACAAGACCGCGUUAGAACACCAGCCAACCAGUGCUUUGCUCUUGUCCGCUCCCGCUCAGCUCCUUGCGGCGGCUUUGUUCUUGACCGGAAAUGUGUUGGUAUUAUCUUCAAUGUGGGCCUUGGGUGUCACGGGCACGUACUUGGGUGAUUACUUCGGUAUCUUGAUGGACCACAGAGUUACUGGCUUCCCUUUCAAUGUGUGCGACAACCCAAUGUACAUUGGUUCCACUCUCAGCUUCCUUGCAACUGCCUUAUGGUACGGCAGCCCUGCAGGUCUCUUCCUCACCAAUGUUGUCUUCAUUUUGUACAAAAUUGCUUUGCGUUAUGAGGAACCCUUCACCGCCAUGAUCUAUUCCAAGAGAGAUUCAAAGAAGCAAUAAAUGCUUCCCUCACAUGUAUUCAUAAAUAAAAAGCAAACUAGAUGUAUUCGCAGAAAGGGGUUCAAUAGUGUUUUGGUGAUGCGUUAUUACAGUCGUGGUUGCCCGAGCUCUAUCAGAUUAUUCGACUGGGCAUAGGCCACUUGGACUCUGUGAAAUUGAUUAAAAAGAAUUCAAUGCGAU